GAAAACAGGUUGGCACCGUCACUGAUUGUUUCCAUCCAUCAGUAAAAUAGGGCAUUUGACAGAGCAGCCCUGAUCUCACCUAAAAUAGACCUGUACGUAUGUACUUACGUACUGAUAAUCUCUAUUCACAAUCUUACUUCCAUAGCCUCAUCAUGGCAAUGGGGGAGAAAAAUGGAGGGCUGUCUGUUCCUCAGUUUGGAGCAUGGGACUCCAAGAACCCGGUACCUACCAACUACUCCAUGGUGUUCACACGAGCCCGCGCUAAUAGGAAGCAGCACAAGUCCGAUGUCAGGCACGCCAGCCUUGGAAAUGAAAGGGAACUGCUAGCUGCUGCUUGCCAACAAGAAGAACCUGUCAUGAAGAGAAACAAGAUCUUGACCUACAUUCAUUGCUGUAUUAGGCCUUGAUUUCACAAGAACCUAGGGUUCAUCAACUCAUGUAAUUCUCAAGUAUUAAAAUAUAAAUUUCUAUUUUGUGAAUCUAUAGACAAGACGUGUCAUUAAUUCGAAACCUUGUAAUCUUUUGCUGUGA